AUGGCUGGGCGAAAACUUGCUCUAAAAACCACUAACUGGGUAGCUUUUGGGGAGAUCAUACCCCAAAGCCAGAAGGUCAUUGCAAACUCCCUGUCUUUGAAUGAGAACCUCACCUCCAGGUUGGCUACUCUACCUGAGAAUCUACCAGCUAUCGACUGGGCUUACUACAAGGCCAGGGUGGCCAAGGCAGGCUUGGUGGAUGACUUUGAGAAGAAGGUGAAAUCUUCUGUUGAGUGGGCGUCUCUCUCAAAGGUCAGGAUUGUAGAAUACGAGAAGCAGUUGGAGAAGAUGAGGAACUUAAUUCCAUUUGAGCAGAUGACCACUGAGGAUUUGAACUGA